AUGGUCCACCAUCACAACCAACCCUCCCAACCUCCCAAACAAGCGGCGUACGACUCGCCCCAAAAUCCCGUCACCCACUCUCCCUACGAGCAGCAACACCCCUCUCAGCCACGCCGACAUGGCGACCCCGUCCCAGCGGUCUACCGUCGCACGGCCAACUCCAAGCCAUCGAGCGACGAGGCCCUCGCGCACCUAAUGGCCGAUCGCCGUCGCGAGCAGCGCGAAAUGCAGAACUCGCCGGACGUGGACCUCGAGUACGGGGUCGAACAGCAGCCCAACGAGGGCGACAUUGCGUACGCCGUCGAACAUCGCUCCGAGGAGGCGAGAAAGCGUGCCCAGGCCGGGGCGCAUGCGGGUCCCGUCGGCAGUGCGUAUGGCCCCGGUAGCCCGGCCUAUCAUCCUGGCGGAGAGGAGCGCGAGUAUGCGGCGAAUAUGGAUCGGAAGAAGAAAGAGCAUGAUCGGAUGUUGGGAGAGAGGGUCGGACAUAGCCCGCCUGAGCCAGAUGGCGAGACCGUGGAGAGGGAGCUGUUGAGAGAACGCAAGUUGGAGGAGCGGAAGGAUCUACACAUCAAGGACGCUGUGCAUGAGGCGACGGGAGAGCCUGUUGUUGGAUCAUAG